UUCUCGGGAAGGACAAGACAAUGUAUGUUUAUCAUAAGCGUUUUAAAUCCACAUGACCCUUUAACAAUAUGAUCGUUUGAGAUUCAUAAAAAAAGUUUUAAAGUCUAUUGCACCUGGCUGGAUACUACUCAUGGAAAAUGAAGAUAAUCUCUCGGAUGAAUUUCGGGUGCAUAUUGUCGUUCCGAGUAAACCCAAUCCAAUACUCGAAAAACGUAUUGUAUUCAAAGUAUACAAGAGGAGAUGGUUAAUUUUGUUCGUGCUGUGCUUGCUAAAUUGCUCGAACUCUAUGUUAUGGCUGACCUUUGCUCCAGUGGCGGACCAGUCAGCCCAGUUCAUGGGUGUCACCCUGGACCAGAUCAACUGGCUGUCCAUCAUCUAUAUGGUGGUGGCCAUACCUCUCAGCUUUGGGACCACAUGGAUGCUGGACACCUUAGGGCUCCGAAUCACAUUGGUGCUGGGUUCGUGGCUCAACAUGUUGGGAGCUGUGCUGCGUUUCGUGAGCGUCCUGGGGAGCCAUGUCAGUGCGGCCAAAUUCCCUGUGGUGAUGGGGGGCCAGACCCUGUGUGCCCUGGCUCAGCCCCUGGUCAUUUUCACCCCCACCAAGCUGGCAGCGCUCUGGUUCCCAGAGCACCAGCGGGCCACUGCCAAUAUGAUAGCCUCCAUGUCAAAUCCCCUUGGGAUUCUUGUUGCUAGCAUCUUUUCCCCUAUGAUUGUGGGGACCACCAACAACAUCUCUUCAUUGCUGUUCAUAUAUGCUGUACCAGCAGUCAUCAUCUGUUUCCUAGCAACAGUUGGGAUCCGUGAUAGUUCCCCCCCAACGCCCCCCUCAGCCAGUGCAGAAAGCUCCAACUCGGAGCCCUUCCUGGAGGGAAUCAUGCAGUUGCUGAGGAACAAGGCUUACAUGAUUCUCCUGCUGUGCUUCGGCUCAGGGAUCGCUGUAUUCACCUGCUUCUCUACACUGCUGGAGCAGAUCAUGUGUGUCCGAGGGUACCCUAAUGACUUUGCAGGACUGUGCGGGGGUCUCUUCAUUGUGUUCGGUAUUGUCGGGGCUGGUUUCCUGGGACUGUACGUCGACAAAACCAAGAAGUUUAUAGAGGCCACCAAGGUUAACAUGAGCCUUUCAGCGCUGGCCUGCAUUGCCUUUUCAGUGGUAUCUCAGAUGCGGAAUCAGAGAAUAGCCUUGGUCGUUGUUUGUUCGCUCUUUGGCUUUUUCGGCUUCUCCAUUUACCCGGUUGCCAUGGAGUUGUCUGUGGAGUGCUCCUACCCGGUUGGAGAGGCCACCUCAGCUGGCCUCAUCUUCAUAUCAGGACAGAUCCAGUCAGUUAUCUAUAUACUGCUUCUUCAGGGGUUGACCAAACCAAUGGCCGACUCGCCCUUCUCUACCUGUUCUGCAGGAGGAGAUGCAGCCUUGAGUUGGAGGGUGCCCAUGCUGGUGAUGGCAGGUCUGUGCAGUGCCUUUACCUGCUGCUUUGUUAUCUUCUUCCACACGGAGUACAGGAGACUGGACGCUGAGGCACAGGCUAGUGGAAAAAAGACAACUCUGACAACCUGUGACAGCAUGCCAAACCGUAACAAGACAAACUCUGACGACCCGCCAGACUCCAACAACAAGACAAACUCUGACGACCCGCCAGACUCCAACAACAAGACAAACUCUGACGACCCGCCAGACUCCAACAACAAGACAAACUCUGACGACCCGCCAGACUCCAACAACAAGCCAAACUAACAACACACAAGACUCUGACCAAAAGGAGGAACAGGCCAGUGGUUAACUGAACUGCUGUUGAGAUGACCACCUCACUGGCAUCAUUUCGGAAGCACGCCAACUCUCACAAGAGGCCAAAUGUAUUGACUUACCAAUACAUUCCUUUAUAGUAUAUAUAUAGUAUCUAGACAGGCGGGUUGCCUCUCACAAUGUAUCAAUGCGUCAGCUGGGACAGAGGACAAAUUGCUCCUAGGUCUGGGUUUCCGAGACUAGUAGAAAUACCCUAUAAAUGUCUGAUUACUAUUGUAAGGCAAUGGUAAGGAAGGCAUUUAGAAUGUAACAGUAAUCAUCUGAAGUGAAUGAUUAGAUUUUAUGGUGGUGGUAAACUGGGCUUUCCUUUUUAAUACAGGUAUGCACCGAAUAGCACCUUUGUCCUGAAGCAGAGCAGAGUUGAAGUCAUUUCUGCUCUGUAAAAGUGGACAUAUUUCACAUGCAAAAGAAAUCCAAAACCUGAAUUGACUAGAAUUUCAAUGGAAUUAAACUUUUGUUGGUGGACAUGUUUACACCCCAAAAGCAUACAAAAAGGUAGACUAGUUCAUAAAAAAAAUCCAGAUACAUAAAUUGCCACAUGUCUGUUCCACUUUUAUACAUUGUGUUUAAGUGACGUUUUAAACUACUCGUAAAUAUACAAAAAAAUAAGUUAUUAAAUUAACCA